AUGCGGGAAAACUUUCGGUGGUCCUCCAUUUCUGCAAACUUGGGCGAAGAUAUAGCAGCAGCAGCGUUCGAAUUCAUCGGGACCGUAUUUUUUUUGCUUUUUGGUCUCGGUGGGAUUCAAGCAGCAGCAGCAGCGGAAAGCACUAUCGAUAACGCUCCGUCAACGGGGAUGAUCAGCCACAUCAUGUACAUCGCAACGUGCAUGGGUCUGAGCUUGCUCGUAUCUGCAUGGUUGUUCUUCAGAGUGACUGGCGGUCUGUUUAACCCCAACGUAUCUCUUGCGUUGUUUCUAAUUGGAGUACUUGGUCCGGUGCGAUUUGUGCUUUACUGUAUCGCACAAUUGGUUGGAGGAAUUGCCGCGGCUGCGAUUGUCAGGUCGUUGACCUCUGCACCUUUGGGCGUCAAUACAUCUCUGACUCCCCAAAUCAACAGUGCACAAGGCGUUUUUAUAGAAAUGUUCAUUACAGCCGCACUCGUCAUAGCUGUGUUGAUGUUAGCAGCUGAAAAGCACGAAGCUACCCCCUUUGCUCCAGUUGGUAUUGGCCUAACAUUGUUCGCGUGCCAUCUCUUUGCCGUUUAUUAUACGGGUGCUUCCAUGAAUACAGCAAGAUCAUUUGGACCCGCCGUCGUAUCCGGUUUUCCGGUCCCAAAUCAUUGGAUAUAUUGGCUGGGGCCUUUUCUAGGAUCGAUUCUUGGGACAGGCAUUUACGCAUUACUGAAGCACUACCAUUAUUGGGACCUUACUCCCCAUCAAGCUACAGGAGACUUUGAGAAAUCCCCAGAUGAUCCUGUCGAAGGGGCUAAGCGAGCGCUGACGGGUAAGGAAAACAGGGAUGAUGUUCAACGAGACGGAGCAAGUGAGGGUACAAGUGGAUUUGGAAAUGAGGAAAGGGUGUAA